CCGGUGGCCGAUUACUUUGCCCGAUCACUCUAGUUAAUUCUUUGGCUAAUUUUACUUUUUUUAAACAAAGUCCAUUAUUACGGGAAUAUAACUCCGGAAGGGUCAAAGGAAUUAAGCAUCUCACCUGCAUGGAACAACAGCCAUGAGUCCUGUAAGCAGAAAAUGGAGUCCUCCAGACUUGAGAGUGACCUUGGUGCUACAGUUCAUGGCUCUGUGUCUGGCUCUUGUGUCUACCGUGUUUUUGGUUGUGGCCACUUGGACAGACUGCUGGAUGGUGAAUGCAGACGACAGCUUAGAGGUCAGUCAAAAAUGCAGAGGACUGUGGUGGGAAUGUGUGACCAAUACUCAGGAUGGCAUCAAAACAUGUGACCAGUAUGACUCAAUAUUGGCAGAACAUCCAUUGAAGAUAGUCAUCACGCGAGCCCUUAUGAUCACAGCUGACAUUCUGGCCAGUUUUGCACUCAUUAUAUUGGUGCUUGGAAUGGAUACUGUGAAGUUCCUGAGAGAAGAACCUCAUAUUAAGCUGCGUAUGUGUUAUAUGGCUGGAUUUAUAUUUGGAAUUGGAGGUAUCCCAGGAAUGAUUGGCUCGGUCUGGUACGCAGUGGAUGUCUAUGUGGAGAGAGCCACCCUGGUCUUACAAAACGUCUUCUUGGGAAUUCACUAUGAAUUUGGAUGGUCUUGUUGGUUGGGAAUGGCUGGAUCCACUGGCUGCUUUCUGGCAUCAAUAGUCCUCACAUGCUGCCUUUACAUAUUCAGAGGCAUUGGAUCAUCCUCUAGGAACCUUGGAUCUGUGUACAAAUAUGGAAGAACUGCCACUGGCAAGAUGUAUGCCAUGGACUCUAGAGUGUGACAGAACAUUACGUCCAUAGUUCCAGCUGUAUACAUGUGGACUGUGUUAAUAGCUCAUUGCUUUUCUGUAUAGUUGUCUUUUAUAGAGACUCGUUAUAAGGAAAGCUCAUUGUAUCCUGUAUUAUGGAGACAUCUUGAAAACUUUGUUUUGCACACUUCAAAUUAAAUCACAGAUGAUAUUUCAAUGUGCAUAGGGUUCUCAAUAGAAUUACAGUGGACGGGUUAUAAAAUCUUGUCUAGGUGGUACAGAAAUGCUUUCUUGUCUAAGUCUUGGUGGGAUGGAAAAUGGGGGACCUCGUUUCUCAACAAAUUCUGGUCCUUAUCAAAUUUCCAACACAAAAUGUGAGCAUUUUCUUCCAGAAUGAUGGGCAUUGAACUUCCUUGGGAUCCGGGAAUCUUCCUCCAGCGAAUCAUAGAUCUUUUCUUGAGAGAUACUGCCUUAUCUAAGGUCCAUGAGACUGGCUGGGUGUCCCUUCAUGUUUCUCAUUCAUGGAAACAGCGACAAUACAUGUUAUACUUAAGUGUGCUGGAUCCAACUGGUUUCCUUUGGAUAAGGAGCACCAGAUAUGGAUAAUACAUAGACAUAAGAAGCCUCAUCAGGCCUAUGUAACUAGACGGACCCACCAGAGGGCAAUAGUACUACAAAGGGGGCACAUAAGGCAAUACUACUACAAAGGGCACACAGAGGGCAAUACUACUACAAAGGGGGCA